AUGGACAGCAUCGAUAGGAUGGAACAAUUGGCUUGGGAAGAGCGUCGGCGGAACCCGAUUCCUGCGACAAAAUGCGAUGGUUGUUUUGCGCGAUUCCGUGGUACUCCUCCAGACGAGGAUGACGAGGACGACGCAGAAGAUGUAGGAGACGUUUUCAAGCGGUGCACGACUUGUCAUUACACUAUUUGCAAGAAUUGCACGCAUCCAGAUAUGCAAGGUGUACCGUACUUUGAUCGCCCGCCAGGCACUUGCCGCUGUCUAAAGUCGAACUUUGGCGAAAGUUACUGCUUGUCAUCGCCCUGUUACCUUCACGGUGACGGUAGUAAGCCAUACUACGGUGAUAGACACCCCGAUAUAGCGGGCAGUGGGUACGGUGAAGAUGCAUUUGAGGUGAAGGAGCGGCAGUGUAGGACAUGCGGUGUGAUUGCACGAUGCUUGAAGAAAGAGCAUCUGAAGGACGCGCUUCCUGGGAUGAAUUAGCUAUGUAAAAUCUGGCGAAGCUUACACGAAUUUGUUUGUCUUCCAGUUUGCUCCAUGCUGGCAUGGAUUUUGGUGAUACUGGGUCUUCUUGGAACGCUGUUGUCUACCGUAUGGCAUUGAUCGAUAUU